AGCCAGCGUCCCUGGGACCGAGGCCCAAGGGCGCAGCGGCGGCGGCGACGGCGGCUGCAGCGCCAGGACGACGGCAGCGCCCGCGGGAGCCACGGCGGCGAUGGCAGCCUCUGACCGCAGGCGCGGGUGGUGGUCGGUGCUGGCGGCGGCGCUCGGGCUGUUGACAGCUGGAGUAUCAGGCUUGGAGGUGUACACGCCAAAAGAGAUCUUCGUGGCAAAUGGGACACAAGGGAAGCUCACCUGCAAGUUCAAGUCGACCAACACAACAGGCGGCUUGACCUCAGUAUCCUGGAGCUUCCAGCCAGAAGGGGCUGAAACCACUGUGUCGUUUUUCCACUACUCCCAAGGACAAGUUUACCUUGGGAAUUAUCCACCAUUUAAAGACAGAAUCAGCUGGGCUGGAGACCUGGACAAGAAAGACGCAUCAAUUAACAUAGAAAAUAUGCAGUUUAUACACAACGGCACCUAUAUCUGUGAUGUCAAAAACCCUCCUGACAUUGUGGUCCAGCCUGGGCACAUACGGCUCUAUGUCAUAGAAAAAGAGAACUUGCCCGAGUUUCCAGUUUGGGUGGUGGUGGGUAUAGUUACUGCUGUGGUCCUAGGUCUUGUUCUGCUCAUCAGCAUGGUUCUGGCUGUGCUCUACAGAAGAAAAAACUCGAAACGAGACUACACCGGCUGCAGUACAUCAGAGAGUCUGUCACCGGUUAAGCAGGCUCCACGGAAGUCCCCCUCCGACACAGAGGGCCUGGUAAAGAGCCUGCCUUCUGGAUCACACCAGGGCCCAGUCAUAUACGCACAGUUAGACCACUCGGGCGGACGUCACAGUGACAAGAUCAACAAGUCGGAGUCCGUGGUCUAUGCAGACAUCCGGAAAAACUAAGAGAAAACCGCCCAGAACGCAUGCCGAGCAAGAAACGAACCCGUCCAGGACUCUGGUUAAUCACGUGUGGCCUUGGGGACCCAGGCAAGGACAAGCACAUGUGUGCUCCUAGAGGGAGAAAAAGAUGUGUAUAAAGACUCUGUAUAAAUAUGCUAUUUAAUCUUCCCGACAUGAGGAGCCAGUGGUGUCGCGUGCAAAGGUGUUGUGACUAUGUGCAUGUAAAUUGUCUUGCUGUUGUACUUCCUGUCAGGGUCACUUAUGCUCGGGAAAUCUCAUAACGGUUUCUACCAUUUCAUUAGGUUACCGCCAUGUAGUUAGGGUUUUGCCUUCCUGGGGACAGGAGCAGGUCUUUCAGCACGCGCAGUCGACGUGGCCUUUCCACCUAAGGCUUAACCAGGCUUAGCUUUGCCACAGGUCAAGAGUGGGGCUGUGGCUCUGGAAGUACAUCCGGGGUGGCUCCAGCCCAGUGUCAGCAGCCACCUGCUGGGGCACAGCUGUUACAGAAAACGUCCACUCUCCACACCGCUUGAAGACACUCCGAGAAGGUUUUAUUGAUGUUUUUCUCUCUAAAAUACAAAGUGGUUUUUUUCAGCCUUCCGUAUCAUGUAGACAGCCUUCCGUGUCCCACCCUUCGUGUGAUCCGCUCGUGGACUCCUUACAGCAGAGCGAGCAGAGGGCGAACGCUGCAGGUUACUCCUGGGUCUGUUCCCCAGAAAAUCCAGGCUUGGCGUGAGGAGGGCCGGCCCCCUGGGGAGAGUGGCAGGUGGCUCCGGUGUUCUCCUGAGGUCCUUCCUGCUUAAAGGGAGAGCCCAUGGUGUGAAGGCUGGUGGCUUCUUCCCUUGUGAGUAGGUGGAAGUAGCUCAGCCUGCCCCUCUGCUGUCCCGUGGCUCACGGGGGUUCACCCUCCAUAAAGCUCAGCCCCGCGCCCAGCAGGAGGCAGACUGCAGGCUCUUACCAAAACCACCUUGUGCCCCAGAGACCCUGUAGGCAAGGGGCUAACACCAAGCUCACCCACCCACCCCAGGUGCGCGCUCACACUGCCGCUUUGGGAAUCUGCUGUUCCCGAUUUGCCUUUUUGUUAUCCCCUCACUUCUCCUCGCUGACGUGUAUUUGAUGAACAACAAGGAGGAGUGUGGAGUUUGGGACCCCCACUCACGGUUCUCCUCUGACCCACCCCCACCUCAAAUUGAUGCAUUUGGAUAUUUCACAGAGAACAGAGGGCAUGGGGACAAGCAGGACACGCUGACUUAUCCUGGCAUGCUCCUGCUGUGUGGGGCGUGGUGCUUUAAGAGAACUGGCUUUUUUCCUUGAGAGUUGUCCUGUGGCACCAGCUAGGUGAACAGCCUGUGCAGAUGCAGAGCCGGCGUGGGGCAGGUACAGGGGGAGUGUGUCCUGCUUCCUUUGCCCCAUCAGGCCCCAUCAGCUGCCUCCUUUCCCGCCUGUCGCCUACCUGUGUGGGGGGGUGCGGGGGGGAUGCGCAUGGGCAUCGUCCACAUUCUCCAGCCUGAUGCCAGGGCCCGCACCCUCCACAGGCGCGUGGCUGGCCUCGGCUGUGUUCACGUGGACAGGUGGCACAGUACUCUGAGGCCAAGGGGGACAUGUCCUUACGGCCAUUCCUCACUGAGAAAGGGGCCGUCUGCCGUCCCUUCUUCCUCAUCCUCUCCAAUAGCAAGAGCUCUGGCUGCUCCAGGGUCCCAUGUUUGUGAAGCUAGUGCUGUGGGGGUUACCCACUGGAGUCCACCUUCCCUCGCCCACCCAUACAUGCCUGACUUGGCAACAUCCUGGCCCAACCACACACCUUGCACUCAGGUAUUCCAGCCGAAAUUCUGCCCCGGACCCUCCCCUGCCAGGAAGGCCGCCAGCUCCUAGGGUUGAUCUGCAGGACAGGCCAGCAGACAUCCCAGCCAGGGCCCCAACUCCCCCAGCCGUGACCUUACCUCCUCACACCACCACCUUUGUGGGCUGCAGCCCUUUGUCCCAGACCUGGCGCAGAGUGUCCAGCCUGUGUUUUGUAUGUCUUCGCUGGUGGGAUGAAACCUCUGAAAGGGAUCAGGGGGAGGCCAACAUCCCCAACUCUUGUUUUUCAAUGAAAAUGUAGGGAAAAAACAUCAAAGGUCACUGUCGUUUGUUCUUUCUUAUUCAAUUGUACCUUUGUGAAUAUUUUAAUACAUCUUUCCAAUGU